UAGUUCUUCCGUAACCCUGAAAUCUCCAUAUUCUACCAUUACUCACCCAAAACUAGUAUCUACCUAGGUAUACAAUGUCCGUCCCGAUCCCGCAGCCCAGCGGUGUGCCCCUUUUGGGCAACCUCUUCGACGUCGACCCCAACAACACGUGGGAAUCGCUGCGGAAGCUGUCGGAGAAGUAUGGCGAGAUCUUCCAGAUCAAGGUGCUGGGGCAAACUAUCGUUUUUGUGACCGGUGCGGCCAUCGCCGAGGAGCUGUGCGACGAGAAGCGGUUUCGGAAGUAUGUGGGUGGUCCGAUAGUGGAGAUCCGGUACGCCGUACACGACGCACUUUUCACGGCCUACGACAACGAAGAGAGCUGGGGGAUAGCACAUCGGAUCUUGGCGCCCAAGCUGUCGCAGCAAGCCCUCAAGGACCACUUCGUCGAGAUGCGGGACCUUGCCGACGAGCUCAUCGAGAAGUGGAAGGGCCUAGGGAACGACAACGAAGUUUCGGCCGUAGGGGAGCUCAACAAGCUGAAUCUCGAGGCGACAACGCUCACUCUUUUCGGGAAGAAGCUGAAUGGCCUGUAUGGGCCCGGACUCCCCAUGCUACAGGCCAUGGAGGACUCGACCUCGGAAGCCAUGAAGCGGCCGACACGCCCCGGCCUCCUCAACAAGCUGUGGUACGGUCGUAAGUUUAGCUCAGCUACCACAACGAUGCGGGCGUAUGCGCAAGACCUGAUCGACUACCGCAAGGCGAACCCAACAGACCGGCAAGAUAUGCUUGCGGCGAUGAUGAGCGCCAAGGAUCCCAAGACCGGCGAAGCCCUGAAGGACUCGCAGGUCAUCGAUGAGAUCGUGACCAUGCCAAUAGGCAGCAGUACCGCGCCGGCGCUAAUCGCCACCGCCAUCUACUUCCUGCUAAAGAACCCGAGCGUGAUCGCCAAAGCACGCGAGGAACUAGAUACCGUCAUUGGCGCCGGGGAAGCGUUCACCUUCGAACACCUGUCGCAGCUGAAGUAUAUCGAAGCUAUCGUGCGCGAAUCCCUCCGCCUCUCGUUCGCCGCGCCGGGCUUCAACAUCGAGCCGAUACCCAGCGACAGCAAAGCGCCUGUGCAGCUUGCCGGGGGCAAGUACCAGAUCGCGCAUAAUCAGGCGAUGAUCAUCGUGCUGGCGGGCGUGAACCGAGAUCCCGCGGUGUUCGACGAGCCCCUUGCCUUCAAGCCGGAGCGCAUGAUGGGGCAGGCGUUUGACGACCUGCCGCAGGGGGCUAAGAAGUGGUUUGGCAACGGCAAGAGACAGUGUAUCGGCAUACACUGGGCGUGGCAGUGGAGCAUGACGACGCUGGUGAAGCUGCUUCGGGAUGUUGACUUUGAGAUGGCUGAUCCGAGUUACAAGUUGGAGCAAGAUGGGUGGUUCAACCUGAGGCCUGUUGGGUUUCAAGUAAGGGUGAAGUCAAGGACAAAUUAAGGGUCAUAUGGUGUCUUGUUUUAGGGGAGACUGUAACUGAAGCUGCACGACUUAAUAUCGAUUCGGGGAAGUCAUCUAAUUUCAGAUAUGUUCACUGGGUACAUCACUCAAUUCUAGCUUUCUCAUCAUCUGCAUAGUAACUCACAAAACGGAACUUUUGAUGAUGCAGUCCUUGACUUGAUAUCUCCCAUUUGGCAUCGCGGAGCUCCUGUCGAGUAUCGUGAAAUUUGAAAAAAUAUUGUAUUGUAGAUGGGUGGCGGCAUCGGAAAUAUUACAGAGAAAUCUUAUUGAGUAUAUUUUAUUUGAGGACUAAAAGUUAUAAUACAACAGUGAAGUACCUAACCUAGUACCUAGUAGAUAAACAUUUAAAACAUGAUAGGUACAUACCUAGUAGUAACUACCUACCAAGUUUGAUGGUGCUGCUGCGGGCUAUCACGUGAUGCAUGUGAUGAGUCAGCUGGCAAAGACACAGUAUACUUGCACCGUAAUUUGAUCAUUUUCCAGACUGUAUAUUAUCACAGUACAAGUCACAUUCAACUACCCAAUU